GCCUGCAGGCUGGGGCUUCCCCCUCCCACCUCUAUGUUCCCCCAAAGUCCCACCCUCUCCCCUACUCUCUCCCUCCAUUCCUAACUUCCUUCCUUCCUUCUACUGUACUUCCAUCCUUCCUUCCUUCCUUCCUUCCUUCCUUCCUUCCUUCCUUCCUUCCUUCCUCCCUUCUUCCUUCUUUCCUUUCCUGAAUUCGAAAUACAAAUUUUCCCCAAAUUGAAAAAAAAAACAAACAAAAAAAGUCUUCAUUCUUUCCUUUCUUCCUUUCCUCCCUUCCUCUCCUCUAUCUUCCUUUCCUAUUUGCUGUGAGUUGUCCAGUGAUGGGAGAUUAAGACUGUACAAUGAAUAUAAUUUGCAGACAUUCUUGGUGUUUAGAGCACUGGAGAUCAUCCAGGAAGGUAGGAGGGCAUCAACCCAGAUUUCACAGUAAAUGGGGAAGAAAGACUGGGGACAGAAAUAAACCACAUCACUAAAUAUUUGGGAAAAUUUCAACAUGAGUCAAUAUCAUCCUCUCUACCCACAGAAAAUGAUAUUUUUAAGAGUGAGACACAAUAGAAAUAAAAGGAGUUGAGGAGGGGGAACAAAAUUUACAGGGCAAUAACAGAGAUUAUUUAGAAGAUACUAUUUUGUGAUUUUUUUAAAGACUUUCUUUAUCUAUACUUACCAUACUAAUCAAAACAAACUGGCAAAGUUGCUUCCUAAAAAAUAAGUCCAUAAAAAUCAACAGCAUUUCUCUACACUAAUAAAACAAUCCAAAGCGUAAUGCAAGGGGAAAUUCCAUUAAAAAUAAUCACAAAAUUCAUAAAAUAUUUGGAGAUCAGGCUAUCAAAACCUACAAAAUAUUUGUAUAGAUUCAUAUGCAAAGUGAUCCCUUAAAGAAAUAAAGAUGAACUUUAAGUAGCUAGAGACAUAUUCACAGCUCCUAGAUAGACCAUGCACUCCAUUUUCACAUAUGCUUCUUAGAAAUCUUACUUUGCUUUAGCUCCUACAUGAGGCCUUUCCUGAUGUGCUCAGUUUGGGGGCUUCUCCAACACCAAAAUUACCUUGUAGUUACUCUGCAUUAAUUUUGCAUUUAUAGGUAGUUCACCUCUAAAGAAUGCAAGCUUCUUCAGAGCAGGAACUAUUUUAUUUUUGUUUGCAUCCUCAGCUGACAAGCCUACUGCUAGCCACCGGAUAGGUACUUAAUAAAUACUUGUUGAUUGACUGAUAACUUUUGACUCUAAGAUAAGAGGAAUCUAUUGGGAUAUAUGAUAUAGGUCUGAAAUCCGGAGGGAAGGUCACCUCUCUCUUCUUCUAACAAUCAAGAUGGAAGGAGUGAAUUUCAAUAACUGUCCUAGGAAGAGCAUCUGGGCCUUGAGAAGAGUUUUCUGGAGGCAAGAGAAUAUUCAGGAGGCACUAUAGUUGAGGGAAAGAGUUGUGGAGAAGGAGAGAUGGUGGAUCUGGGAGAAUGGAGCUAAUAGAGGAGAUUUCAGCUAUGGUUGAGAAAAGGAGAAGAUGAAAUGGAAUGAGUCAGUCUUUGAUCAGGCUAAUUUACCUCUUCUACCAGCUGGAAAAAGGGGGGUUCAUGGCAACACUGGAGUUGUUCUGAAGACUAUUCGCAGAAGAAGGGCUGAGACUGAAAAUAUUUCCAAGAAGCAAGAAAAAGCAUGAAGAAGGGGAAGGUAUAUAGAAGAGAACUGAACCCAUUAGGAGAGGGAGAACUCAGUUUUGCUUAUUUAAUUGCCAAUGAUUGGCCUGGAACACAGGCUCCCAUGAUAGAGAUCAUGUCCCAGCCAGGGAGACUUCCAUCCAUCAUUGAUGGUUUAGAUGAACUGAAAUUCCCUUGUAAUGAGCAUAGAUAUAAUCUGUGCAACGAUUGGAAGCAGCAGAGGCCAGUGCCCGUUCUGCUGAGCAGUUUACUAAGGAAAAUCAUGCUCCCUGAAGCAUCCAUGCUGCUCACUACAAGACUCACUGCUCUGAGGCAAUUUAGCCCUAUGUUGGAGAAUCCAUGUCAUGUAGAGGUCCUGGGCUUCUCUGUGGAGCACAGGAAGGAGUAUUUCUGCAAAUUUUUCAGAAAUGAGUAUUUAGGUGAAAAAGCCAUUAGUUUAGUAGAGGACAAGGGCACACUCUUCACCAUGUGCUCUGUUCUCCUAUGCACUUCCCUUAAACAACAGAUGGAGAAAGGAAAAGAACCUGUCCAGGCUUUGAAAACUACCACUGCACUUUUUUUGCAAAGGGUUUGCUGCCAGAACACAGGUGUUGUGAAAACCAUUGCUAAACUUAACUUCCACAAAAAUUGCAUGGUGGUGACCUUUGCUUCAGUCAAUGUUACAACUGAAGUAAAGUCUGUGGAAAUGCACCAUGAAGCUUUGAGUGAGGCUCUGCCAGGGGAUAACAUUGGUUUCAAUGUCAAGAACAUGUCUGUCAAAGAUGUCCACUGUGGCAAUGUGGCUUCUGAUAGCAAGAAUGACCCACCAAUAGAAGCAGCUGGCUUCACUGCACAAUUUGCUGAGCUGAAGGAGAAGAUUGAUUGUCAUUCUGGUAAGAAGCUGGAAAAUGGCCCUAAACUCCUGAAAUCUGGUGAUGCUGCCAUUGCUGACAUGGUUCCAGGCAAGCCCAUGUGUGUGGAGAGCUUCUCCAAUUAUUUUGCUCUGGGUUGUUUUGUUAUUCAUGAUAUGAGGCAGACUGUUGCAGUUGGUGUCAUCAAGGGCAGGAAACUGAAGUUUGAGGAGGAGGACCUGAGGAGGCAUGACUUAGAAGCCGCUGAAGUGUCUGUCUUUUUAAAUAUGAACAUUUUUCAGAAAGACAAUGACUCUGAAAACUGCUCCAACUUCAUUCUCUUGAGUUUCCAAGAGUUUUUUGCUGUCAUAUUCUAUGUGCUGAGCACAGACAAAGAAGAAGUGGAGAGCCCUGACUCUUCCAUAACAGAUGUCAAAAAAAGUCUGAUGGAGUAUAGCAGGCAUGAUGCCAGCUUUGCAGUCUUGGUGGUGCACUUCCUGUUUGGCUUUGUAAAUACAGAGACAAGCAAGAGAGCUAGAGAGUAAAUUCAGAUGCAGAAUGUCACUGGAAAUCAAGUCACAAUUUUUUUUCAGUGGGUUGAGGGAGAAGCCCAAAUAGAUUAUGUAGAAUAUAAUUUUUUGUAAUGCCUGAUUUCCCAAAAUUGUAUUCUCAUAUAUAUGACUCAAAAUGUUGAUUUUAUAACACAGGCACCAGUUAAUAUCCAAGAAACCAAAGUAAAAGUUUGCCACCAGUAGGAUGACCCAAGCAAUUUUCUGCUUUAAGCACUGUCCUGGGGCACAGAGAAUUACCUUGUAUCUUCAUCUCUUUUGUAUUGUAGCUUUUACUAGGUUCUUUGCAGACAGACUGAACUGUGGAUCUUUCUUAAGAGGGAGCCCAGUGUUCACCUUUCAGCUUUGGACAUGUGGCCAGGAGAGAUUAUCAUCCUGGCUUUUCUUUGUUUGAGGACACAGAGUUU